GAUGCUGCAGGGUCACAACAAACUCUGGAGGGUAGGCGAUUAUCAGAAGACCACACAACUGAGAAGCCUGUCAUCAGAAGUUCCAGCAAUUGCCCCACCAGAAGCUGACACCCCCAGUGAGGCAGGCACCAUCAUGCCUCAGCAGCUCCUCAUCACCCUGUCCACGGAGACCAGCACCUGGGUGAAGUUGCACAGUCCAAGGAAGGCGAAGAAGGGGGCAUCCCUGUGGGGAAAUGGGACUAAAAUGUUUGAAGAAGCUCUGCCAUCUAAGGAUGCUGAUGAGGCCCAUCGAGAAAGUUCAGAGGAUGAAGUGACCCCUGGGCUCCUGGCAGCUGCAUCUCAGGAACUGUUGACUUUCAAGGACAUAGCUGUGGACUUAUCUCAGGAAGAGUGGGGGCAACUGGCUCCUGCUUACCGGGAUUUGUAUCGGGAAGUAAUGCUGGAGAACUACAGGAACUUGGUGUCAGUGGGGUAUCAACUUUCCAAGCCUAGUGUGAUUUCCCAGUUGGAGAAAGGAGAAGGACCAUGGGUGGCAGAGAGUGAAAGUUCAGAAGAUCCCAUUUCAGCCAUGAAGAGUAAAAUAGAAACCAAUGAGUCAACUGCAGAAAAUGACAUUUCCCGGGAGCAGCUAUACCAUGGCAUCAUGAUGGGAAGGCUCAUAAAGGAUGAUCGAAUUUGUUCCAAAUUGAGAAAAGUCUCCAGAUACAAUGAUGCAUUAGAAAGGCACCGGGAAACCUGUGGGAAAGAUGGGAGACAAGCCAUUGUGACUCACAAAAGGAGAAACCAAAAGAUUAACAAAUUUGGGAAAAAUACUGUGAAUUCAAAUGUUAUUUUAGAACAGAAGCACCAUAAAUACAACCCAGCUAGAAGGAAGAACAAAUAUAAAGCAGAUUUGAUUAAUCGUCCAGUAAGUUACCUAAGAACCAAAAUGUACAAAUGUAGUACAUGUGAAAAAAUGUUCAAACAACCCAUUCACCUUACUGAACACAUGAGAAUUCAUACUGGUGAGAAACCUUUCAGAUGUAAGGAAUGUGGAAGGGCCUUUAGUCAGAGUGCAUCUCUUAACACACACCAGAGAAUCCAUACAGGUGAGAAACCCUUUGAAUGUGAGGAAUGUGGCAAAACCUUCAGACAUCGCUCAUCACUUAAUCAGCAUCAUAGAACUCACACUGGGGAGAAACCUUUUGUAUGUGACAAAUGUCAGAAAGCCUUCAGCCAGAACAUUAGCUUGAUCCAACAUUUGAGGACUCAUUCUGGAGAAAAACCCUUUAUUUGCAAUGAAUGUGGGAAAACUUUUCGCCAGAUUAGACACCUUAGUGAGCAUGUAAGAAUUCACACUGGGGAGAAGCCCUAUGCAUGCACUGCCUGUUGUAAAACAUUCAGUCAUAGGGCAUAUCUCACUCAUCACCAACGAAUCCAUACUGGGGAGAGACCCUACAAAUGUAAGGACUGUGGAAAAGCUUUUAGGCAGAGGAUUCACCUUAGUAACCAUAAAACUGUUCAUACAGGAGUGAAAGCAUAUGAAUGCAACCGUUGUGGAAAAGCCUACAGGCAUGAUUCAUCCUUUAAGAAACACCAGAGACAUCACUCUGGAGAAAAACCUUAUGAAUGUAAUGAAUGUGGAAAGUCUUUCAGCUAUAAUUCAUCACUGAGCCGGCAUCAUAAGAUACACAGGAGGAACACGCUCCGAAAUAAUGUGUAAAAAAAAAAAAAGAUACAUGAGAAAAGCCAAAUCUAAGUU